CAAAUAUCUUUGUCUCGAGUGGAGGGGUGAAAGGAGUGUUAUUGUGGUGGAAGGGCGCAGGGAGAGAGGGCUGGAGUAUUGGAGUGAGGUGUAGUGUGUGUGAGGAGGGAGUGAGAGGAGUAUUGGUUUGUGUUAGGGAGCUGUGAGUAGAGAAUAUUAUUUUGAUGGGGUGAGAGAGAAAGUGUGGGUGUAUGCUUGUUUCAUUGGUCUGUGUGUGUGUGUGAGAUUAUUAUUAUUAUUAUUUUUAUUUUGUGUGUGUGUGUGUGUGUGUAUGGACCUAUGUGUUUAUUUCCUUGGUCUAUGUAUGUGAGAUUAAAUUUUGUGUUGUGGUAGGAAAAGAAGAGGAAUUUUGUAUUGAGAAAUAGAUGAGGAAUGUUUUUGUCUUACUGGUGGUGACUGGAGGAGAUGUGAUGAAAAUUAUAGUUACAAGGACACUUUUGGUAGAACAAUUUAUAUGACGAGACCACUGCACUCCUAGAAGAUAAUUUACCAUAAACAUUCUACACGUUGAAAGUCACAAAUUGCACUGGUGGGAGUGCGAUAUAUUUGCACUUCAUGACAUAAGACUCUUUCUUUAAUUUCUCCUUGUACACCACUAUCACCACCACCACCUUUCACAUGUUAACCAGCCAUCCACCAGGCCUCCUCAUACUCAUAUAACCCCUGCAUUUCCACCAGCUCCGUCAUAGACCACUCUUAGGCUGAGGAUGACAUGAUGGAUCCCACAGUGGCAGAAUUGGUGGAGCGGUGGGAUACCCUCCACAAGGAGGGCCGUUUCUCUGCCCUCAACGUCAGAGAUUACUGGCGGAUUAAAGUUCCUGAAAUUUACUCACCUCUACCGAACUGUAAUUGUUUGAGAAUAUUAUUUGAUGAGGAGCAGGCCCAAAAGAUGCUAUUUGACCCACUGGAGAGGUUCAUGUGUGCAGGCGAUCCAACUCAGGUGUAUCAGAUGGUGAAACAAUUAGAUAACCCUCCUUCCCUGUGUGGCCGAGUGUUUAAGAAUGGGGAUCCCACGUAUGGGUGUCGGGACUGUGGCAUGGACCCCACCUGUGUCCUGUGUGCUGACUGCUUCAAGAACUCAGCCCACAGCAAACACAGAUACAAGAUCAGUACCUCUUCUGGGGGUGGCUACUGUGACUGUGGUGACCGGGAAGCAUGGAAAACCGAUGUCUUCUGUGAUAUUCAUGUUAAGGGGCAAAUGGUGCAGCAAUCCAAAAACCCCCUAGAAAAGAUUCCCCCCGAUAUGGUGGAGCGGAUUCAUCUCAUAUUUGAUUGCAUCCUUGCCUACGCUAAGGAGCUGCUCACUUAUGAGGAAGGCUUUUCUAUUCCCAAAGAUUUGGAAAUCCGUGAAUCAGAUCGAGAGCCCACCAAUCUUUCUAGUCUUUAUGAUAUUAAAGACACCUACGUUACCAUGCUGUAUAAUGAUGAGACACACACUUAUGACCAGGUGAUCAAUACCCUGGAGAAAGCAAUAAGUUGCAGCCAGAAAGAUGCGGUAGCCUUUGCCACGAGUAUAGAUAGGGAGGGACGCUGCAUCGUUAAGUGCUCAAAUUUCCAGCAUUGUUCUCAAACCAAGAGUACAAUGGAGAAACAGACUUCCAGAGGGGGAGUAAGGCCCCUCAAAGUUCAAGUGAUGGAAACGUACAUCAUAGCCCACCAAAUCUUUGCUUCAAGAUUAUUAGUUUGGCUGCAUACUAUUCUGGAGUCUGCACAGACUUUCAGACUAAUCUUCAGUGACAUCAUCAAUAAGGAUGGAGGGACUAUUGUUGAGAGCAUCAUCUGGACAGACACCAAAAUGUGGAAGACAGCCAGAGUGCAAUGGCAUCGUCUCUUUAUUUCUGGAAUGCUCAUGGAUCAAGAGAGCAAGAAGAUGUUUGCCAGGACCUUCACCAAACACUACAGCAAGAUGAUGAAGGAUUUCAUUCUUGAUGACCAUGACCAUUCAGUAUCAGUGGCAUCUCUUGGUGUGCAGCUGUUUACCAUGCCUACCAUUGCUCACAUGCUGGUAGCUGAAGAAGAUGUGCUGGCACGUCUCCUCAACACAUUCCUGUCUGAAUGUGACAAAAAACUUAAGGACAAUAAACUUGCCCUAGAACAUCGCAGCUCCAACACUUCCUCCUUCCGGCGCAUCCAGUACAUCCUGUAUGAUCUUAAGUAUUUGCUGGGUGUGAAGCCGGAAGUCUGGACUGAUGAUCUACGGAAAGGGUUUCUUCAUGGAUACAGUCUCCUGUUACGUCUCUUGAGCAUGAUGCAAAGCAUGGAUCCAAUGGUGCGGCAGGUGGGGACUCACAUGGAGUAUGAGCCUGAGUGGGAAUCUGCCUUCAAUCUCCAUAUUAAGUUGGCAUCAGUCAUCCCGCUUGUCACUGAGUGGGCAGCUUCGGAUCGCAUUGUACUCCUCAAGGCUUAUCGGAUGUUGAUGAAGUCACUUGGGGAGCUGGGGAAUGAGGCCAGCCGGAGGAGGUAUGUCCGAGAGCUUUUAGACUACUCUGUGUCCUGCAUUGAGUAUGAUGUGUCCUCGGCCCCUGUUUCCAUCCACCUGCCGCUAUCCCGUUUGGUAGCAGCUCUCACGCUUCACCUGGACAAGUAUGACCUCAACUACAAUUCUCCAGAGUUCCUGGUUAAGGGAAAGCCAUCACCAGAGGAGUUAAUGGAACCUGUGCUGAGGACUCAAGUCAUGAUAGCACAGGUGCAUGCAGGGAUGUGGCGCCGCAAUGGAUUUUCACUCAUCAACCAGAUCUACUUCUACCACAACGUGCGGUGUCGACAGGAGAUGCUGGACAGAGAUGUGAUGCUUCUACAGAUUGCAGCAACACUCAUCGAUUCCAAUGAGUUUCUUGUCCACAUCUUGAACCGCUUCAAUCUCAUGAACUGGGCACGGGAAGACUAUGAAGUUAAUUACUACAAGAGCAAUGAUGAGGACAAUAUGAGGCAGACAGUGGUGCUGGUUGAGGAGUAUUUGCAGCUUGUGAUGACUUUGGUAGCUGAGCGUUACACCCCAGGCAUUGGACAAGUGGAAGAGGAGGAUAGGAUUAAGAAAGAGAUUAUUCAGCUCCUUUGUAUUGAGCCCAUGCCACACUCAGUGCUCAACAAGGCUCUACCUGAAGGGCCGAAUCAUGAGACAGGCAUGGAAAAGGUUAUUGAUGAAGUUGCUGAUUUCAAGAAAUCAUCUGGCAAUGCUAAAGGGUUCUUUGAACUGAAACCAGAAUACUAUUCUCAUUACAACCUCUUCUUCUACCACUACACACGGGAAGAACAAAGCAAAUCUGAAGUUGGGCAGCGACUAAGAAAGAAAGGGGCUGGAGAAGAAGAGUGUUGCCCUCCACCUGUUCCUCCACCCUUCACUGUGCCCUUCACCAUGAUUGUCAAUAUCCUCCAGUGUGAUGUCUUUCUUCACAUCAUCAAAACAGUUUUAAAAAGGAUGAGUGAACCCAAAACUCAGAGUGUCAGUGAAUCUCAGCUGCAGAAGGUUCUACACCUCAUAGGCUAUGCCCUCCACGAGGAGGAACGUUAUCACCACAAUAGUGACCCAUACUUCCACUUCACACGCCGGGCACAGAAAAUCAACCUGCUCAGCCUCCUAGGCCGCUUGGUGGGCCACCGCCGAACAACAACCCACAAAGAUCUUUUGACAUGGACCAUUAAGAAGUACCAUGCUGUUCUCAACUUGUCAAGUGACUCUGCCAAACCAAGUCAGGCAUCUGAAGCUGUGCUGGCCUCUACUUCUUCUUCUGAUACAGCAUCAGCCUCAGCAGAAAAGAAGAAAAGAGCUGACAUUGCUGCCCAGAGAAAAGCCCGAAUCAUGGCAAAGAUGGCCUCCAUGCAACAAAAUUUCAUAAAGACAAAUGAAACUUUCUUCAAGGAAACCCCAUCAACUGACCAACCUGCAGACAUCCCUGAACCAAUGGUAAUGGAACUUAGUGAGCAGCUUCCUGAAGAUAUGAUAGCAAUUGGGCCUCGGCAGACGCUGGUGCCAUCUCAGGAAGUAACGUACACUUGUAUCUUGUGCCACCAAGAAGAUCGCUUGUGCCACAGCGAGGGCAUUCGAGGCCGCCCUAUGGUCUUGGGGGCACUCAUCCAGCGGUCCACAGUACUAUCUCGCAAUCGUUCCCGUCACCUUGAUCAGCCAGAGACUCAUGACACCCUCAUACUACCAGGAGACCUGCAUUGGGGGGCUCACACCUCAUCAUGUGGUCAUGCUAUGCAUGCCAAUUGCUGGCAGAAAUAUUUUGAUGAUGUUGUAACCAAAGAAAGGCGAAGACCAUACCGAUAUCGGCAGAACAUGAGUUUUGAUAUCGAGAAGUCAGAGUUCCUAUGCCCUCUUUGUGAAGCAUUGUGCAACACUGCCUUGCCCCUCCUGCCGGGAGUCACGUGGUCCUCCUUUGGCCUCCAGGAUCAGCCUCCUCCUCCUACCCUCUCCCUGCCUGACUGGCUCAGAGGUCUUCACAUUAUCCUUAAGUAUAAGACUGUGAUGGUGAAUGGUGCUCGGCCCACUGAGGAGGGUGGCCACUCAGAUGAUACACAGAUGGAUACCAGUCCACAGCCAACAGGCAUGGUGGCUGGCCAUGGCACUGUAGGUGGGAUGGCAGCAGCCACCUCUGUAGGUGCUGGGGGAAGUGCUGCCUCCAUCCCAAUGGGAGGGUUGCCUGGCAGGGGAAGAGGCUCCACAAAUACUGGCAUUACUACAUUUAUGAAGGCAGUGCCAGGGGAUGGGGGGCAGAGGGUUAGGCCACCUCGCUGGUCCAGGAUCGCUUUCUACAAAAAACAUAAAAAGAGUGGAGAGGGAAAGGAUGAAGAGGAAGACAGUGCAAGCAGUAAUGAUGGAGAGGGAAUGUGGACUCCUCCAUCCCUUCCAGAAGUAGCCAGUGAGCUGGCAGCAGCCACAUCCUCAGACUCUGCUGAAGCAUUCACAGCACUUUUCAAUGGUCCUGCUGCCACCAGUGUCCCAGAUUUCCCCACUCAGACUUUGGAAAUGAUGUCCAACUUUUCUCAUUCUGUGUAUAUGCAUGGGCUUCAUGUGAACCCUAAUCUCUUCAGUAGAAGAAUUCCCUUAAUGGUAUGGAACAGUACAGCUUAUACCAUCCACACUUUGGAAGAGACUCAACGGAACAGUAACCGUGCACUACUCACCUCCCUCUCCUCCCGCCAGCGAGACUGUCUAGCUCCUCUUGUCAAAUUUGCUGCCUAUGCUCCUCUCUGUGUCAAAAGAAAGCAGACCAUUGAAGGUGUAGCAGUUCGUCUGUUGAGUCUCCUCUUAGAGGGAGGAGAGUCCACGCCGUGUGUGCUUGAGUGGGAUGUGUUCAGCAUCCUUGUCACACUCACACUGUCACUACCAUCCAUAUUCCCUAGUAUUCAGGGUGUAGCCACAGGAUCACAGCAGGAUCUCCACAUCCUGCAAGUGUGCUUCCUGGCCCACAUAGUGCAACUCCUCCUCACAUGUGAGGAGCCAGAAGCUGAUGUCGACAUGGAAGUGGAUGAAGGUUCUGAUAAAAGCUCAGAAGCAGGAGAUGGGCCUUGGCUGGUGUCCAUGAUGGCUCAUUGCCGUUCGUUGGCCAACAUUCCUCAGAUCAAAGUUCAGCCCCAGCAGCUUCUGGAUUACGUGAAAAGAAAUUGCUUGUCCUACUUGCGAUGCUGUGGGUUAUUCUUCCAUUUCUUGACGGAAGUACCAGUCCCUGAAGAGCUGCAGUCCAGUGUGUGGGUCCCUGAGUCAGAAUUUUAUUGCCUCCUCCGCUACUUAGGGCUUUCAGUAAACCAACUAAGACCCACUUUUAGUGAUCCUUCUCUCUUGGAACUAGUCAAUAGAUGGUGUAGUCAUGAUCGUGUUGGGCCUUUGGCUUGUGCAGCUGAUAGAAGAGAUUGUGUCAGGCAAUGGACACACAUCAACCAAUUGGUCAGUCUACCUCAUGAUUACUCUGAGCUGAUAAACACAGUUUCCCAGUUCCCCUGCCCUGCAUCUUCUGGUGAUGAUUCCCGCACACCAACCAUGUGCCUAGUGUGCGGCAAGAUGCUCUGCUCACAGAGUUACUGCUGUCAGACUGAGUUCCCUGAGGGUUCCCGGCAGAUGGUAGGAGCCUGCACCUACCAUGCUCAUUUCUGUGGAGCAGGGACUGGUAUUUUCAUUAGAGUUCGUGAGUGUAAGAUCCUUCUGCUCUCUGGACAAAUCAAAGGUUGCUUUGUGAACCCACCAUACUUGGAUGGGUAUGGUGAAACAGAUCAAGGAUUGAAGCGUGGUAAUCCCCUUCACUUGGAUGCCACCCAAUACUCCAAGCUCCAUGCCAUGUGGCUCUCACACUCCAUCCCUGACACAAUUGCCCACACCAUGGAGAGCAAUUCAAGUGUUGUGGCAACCGACUGGCAACAUCUCUAGGCAUUUGUGUACAAAGGGAAGUGGAAGUAAAGUCUGAGACAGUGCAACAGAUGUGCAGAUUUGUUUGUAAAGCAGGUGAGCAUGUUGAAGGAAAUAUAUUAUCCCAAAUAUCUUUGAAAAUAAAUUAGUAACCCUUUCCAGUGAAUAUUUUUGGAAAAGGUUUCUCAGACAAAAUAUACAACAUGGCCAUUAUAUAGUCCAUAUGAUAAGUUUUUAUGUUAGUUGUUCACUUAGUCUUGACGUAUAUGGCAGGUAUCAGUUAUUCAUGUUCCUCUUGAGAUUGAUGAGAUCAUGUCAGUAUACAUGCCGGAACUUCUUAUUAUUUCCAUUGUGUCAAGCUUUCUGCCUUUGCUGAAUAUAUAUACAGUGGAACCUCAGUUCUCAAACUUAAUCCAUUUCAAAACAAAAUGUUUGGAAACAAAAAGCUUAUUGACUUAGCACUAAGAAUCUGAUUACUGAGUCCGUUCCAUUCAUCAGCCACUCUAUUGGAGAACCAGUUCCUUCUCAUCUCUUUCUUAAACCUUUUUUUUCAAGAUUGAAUCCAUUAUUUCUAGUUCUAUCUAUGCUUCUGAUCCUAAGAACUUUACUUAUAUUCCCUUUGUUUUAACCCCUAUACCACUUAAAGACUUGUGUAAUAGUGGUGGUGUUUUGGGUCAGAGCUAUAGGUGGAUUGGAAUUAUUACUGAAAGCCAAAAACUGUUUACAUCGAGGCUCUUCAACAAGAUCACACUUAACUCAUUUCAGAGACUAAAUUACUGCCUUACCUUCUGUGUUUCUCUCCAGAUAGAUGAAAGUGAAGGAGAUAUUUAUAGAAACUAUAAAUUGGUAAUGAACGGCAACUUUUACUUUGUAUUUUUUGAGUACUUUGAAAUUCAGUAACUUUGUUUGAGAUCUAACCGAAACAAUUAUAGUUAAAAAUUGUGUUUGAAAACUGAUUUCUCAUAAAGGGAGGUAUUUGGUAACCGAGGUCCCAUAUAUGUAUGUAUACAGCACGAGAACCUACCUAGUCAUUUCAACUGAAUUUUCAUGUUAUGAGGACUUGUGUCUGCAUAAAAGUAAAAGUUUAGUAUUUUGCUUAACUAGAACACAAAAUAGUUCAAACAACAAACAUCCGUGUCAUGCCCUUGAUGUGUUUUAAAGAGGAAGCUUUGAUUUUAUGUAUUUCAUAUCUUGAAAGUUCUGUAGAAUUAUAUUGCAAAGAAAACUAUGAAACAAAGUGUAAGAGUAGUUUUUGUUUCAUGUCAUGAUAGGUACAGUAUUUUCUAUAGUUUAUAAUUUCAAACAUCAAUCACUGAACACUGUUUUGAUAGUUAAAAGCAUAUGUAUACAUAGCUUUAUUAAACUUUCAAAAAUACAAAAAGUAUAUGAAAAUUUGGCAAGUUGUUGAAUAUAAUAGGCAGAUAGUUUAAGCAAAUGAACAUUUAAGAAAUUUCCUCUUUUAACCUUGUACAAUAUCUUUUGUUAUAGAAAAUUAAAAACUAGAUUAAGUUGCUAUUGUGUUUUAUAAUUAAUUAAGAAAAUGUUUGAGAAGCAUUGUGUACAUUGUAACUAUUUGACCAUGCUGUAUGGACAUAAUAUGUCACUUGAGGAAACCAAUCUCACGACUAAAGAAAACAUUAUUUAUUUUACCAUCUUCACAAAGUAGAAUAUUUCUCAGUGUGCUUUAAAUAUGCCUCUUUAUAAAGGUAUUUAUGGAUUUACAAAUGAAGUGGAUCUAAACAUGGGUGAUUAUGAGAAUUAGGUAGUGUAAACAAGAUUAUUUUAUUUAUUUUAUAUGUUGAAAUGGGUAUUACAUUUUUAUUUGUACACGUACUUAAUAACGAGUCAAUAAAUCUUGCAUCUAUUCAGUAAA